UUCGUGAAGGUAGGCUUAGUCAACGGUAAAAAUAAAAAAAAAGGUGUUGAUGCAAGAGAAGAGUGUUGAGCAUGAAAUCUAAGUAAACUUUCUGUGACAUUUGCUACAUUAACAACGAAUGGUGAUUUUACCAAAUACUAUCCCAUGUCCAAGUCAAUUUACCUCGUUUGGUUAAGAUUUGAGAUAACCGGGACCAAAGAGGGAUUGGAAUAUAUUCAGUAUUUAGCUCCAGGUUAUUCCCUGAAUGAGGAGUCUGAACAAACGUGCAGGAAGACAUAUGCCGAGUCUUUAUCUAGUUCUUCUUCCUCACAAGAGAGAGAGGACAACCCGCAGAUAAAGGAAGACCUGAUUAAAGAGUGCCAAGGGAACAGGAAGUUUGCUGAUCUUACAAUAGAGACGUAUUAUUAUGAAAAUAUGGAGGAAAACAAAGAGGAAAAGACCUAUUUACAUGCAAACAGAGGAAGGGAAGGAUCAGACUCGCCUGAUGUCCAGAAACAAAUGGACAGAAAAUCCAGUUCUAGGGAACCAGAACUGACGAGGUCCCGCGAGGGAUCAGAGUCCUCCACAGCUUCAGUGAGUGGAGCUAACAAGAUGGGACCAAAGGAGGCUUACUUCAGACCAAUCCGGUCAUACAUGGACGAAGGACCAGGACCAGCACCCUCCCCACCAAGGUUAUACGGGGAGGACGGUCCAGGUCCAGCCCCUUCUCCAACCGGUGGCUCUAAUUCUCGGCCUGGCAGUGGCAGGAGGAGUCACAGCCCUUCUGCCCGUUACCCGGCAACCAUCCAUUUCUACUCCGGCAACCCUGCUGUGGAGUGCAUCCAGGGGGUCUUGCAUCUGUAUAAGGACAAUAAGCCGACACCUGUAAAGGGAGACCACCUCCGUAGUGAGCUAAUCUGUAUGCUGUCUGUUCCCGGGGGAUACACAGUCCAUGAUCUCCUCAAGUUUACUGCUCCAGUCAGUGAAGGUAUUGAAUACUUCAGGAUUAUAAGAGACCCUAGCCCAAACCAAUUCAUGGUGCUCGUCAAAUUCAGAAGUCAGGACCAGGCGGACGAGUUCUUCACCACCUACAAUAACUCUCCCUACAACUCUAUAGAGCCAGACAUCUGCCAUCUCAUCUACGUUGCCAGGGUCGAAACGGUGAAGGAAUCGGAGGGUGCGUGCUUGCCCACCCCAGGCGUCACUGAACUCCCCUGCUGUCCUGUCUGUCUGGAGAGAAUGGACGAGUCUGUGGAUGGGGUUCUGACCAUUCUGUGCAACCAUGCCUUCCACACAAAAUGUCUGGAGCAGUGGGGAGAUACCAGUUGUCCGGUGUGUAGGUACAGUCAGACACCCGAGGAGUCGGCCAACCACAGAUGCAUGAAGUGUUCUUCACAAGAGAGUCUGUGGAUAUGUCUGAUCUGUGGUCACAUAGGAUGUGGACGUUAUGUUGGUCUCCAUGCCUACAAGCACUUCCAGGAGACCCAGCACACGUACUCCAUGCAGCUGGGUCACAACCAAGUGUGGGACUAUGCUGGUGACAACUACGUCCAUCGUUUAGUCCAAAGUAAGGGCGACGGAAAACUCGUACAGGUGGGAGAAGGUGGCAGCAGUCAGGUGCAAGGAGAGAAACUUGACUCACUCAGUCUAGAGUAUACAUACCUGCUGACCAGUCAGUUGGAGUCCCAACGCUUCUACUUUGAGGAGAAGAUGAACUUUGUUGAGCAGGAGGCACUUGACAGGAUACAGCUGCUUGAAAAGCGUCACCAGGAAAACUACAGCGAGUACCAACUAGUUCAACAGAUGUUGGCAGACACUCGCAAGGAAAAACAGGGACUUGAGAAAAAGUCUUCUAAUCUGCACAGCCGUCUAACAAAGACGUUGAAGGAGCUACAGGAGGAGUGUGAGAUGAACAAAUGCUUACAGGAGAAUCAGGUUGUAUGGCAGAAACGGGUGGAGACGCUGGAAGGUCAGGUCCGCAAUCUCUCCAUAGACAAGGAGAAGGAAAUUCAAGAACUGCGUGAACAAUUGAGAGAUGUCAUGUUUUAUCUGGAGGCCCAACAGCAACUGGCGUCGACCACAGCAGUGUCUCAGGAGGAAAUACAGGAAGGUCAGGUGGUUGUCGGGGCUACAGGGUCAGCUCCAUCUCCUUCACACAAAAGAGGUAGAAAGAAGGACAGAUAACUGUGAUUUAACACUACUAAAUGUGAUAUUCCCCACUAAUAAUGGGACAUGUAGAUUCCAUUAUGAUAGUGGAGCGGCUAAUCUGCAAUAUUCGAUGUGUCUUGUGUAUUUUAAUUACACACAUGUGCUAACUGCCUGAAAACCUUUUUUCCAGUGUAUAGCUGUAUUGAUCAGCAGGAUGUUGUUGGGCAUUGCUAGAACUCUUCCGAAGUAUGUGUGAGUGUGUAAUUUCCUAGAAAAAUCAAAAAGAUCAAGUCUGGUUAUGUUGAUUCAGAAAUGUUGAUGGUUAUCACAAUAUUUUAAAGUUUGGUACAAGUAGAAAGACGGAAUCAGUAGAUUUUGUUUUAGUGUGAGGAAUGUUAACUUUGCCGUAAUUUCUCUGCAAAAGAAAUCAGAAAGUGAUUUAUGAUCUUUUUAUAGGUAUGCUGUUACUGAGUUUUGUAGAUAUAAGAUGAUACAUUCUCCCACCUCUGUGGAUGAAAGAUACAUGUGCCCCAUGUGGAACACCCAUGUUUAUCCCCCAUGGGUGCACUCCAUAGUCUGGGGCCUGUUCGCUUAUGUGGAACAAACGGUUUGUCUGAUUUUAAAUGUAACAUUUUAUGGUGCAAAUACUGGCAGACCUGCAAAUGUUUAUGACCAAGAAAUACAAGUUUUGGGAGUACAAGUAAUAGGCAGAAAACCCAACCAUAGAUAGAACUAGAAGGGAUUUAUUUUGGAGUCCU